GCGCGGUUUUCAUUUUGUCACUUUUUAAAGUAAUUGGCAUCAAGUUUAAAUUGUUUAAUAUUGUGUAAAGUGUGUGUUUGUAAUGGAUUUCGACAAUGCCAAGGAAAACAUACAGCCAUUAGCCAGUGGACGCAAUGUUAGCCUGCUGCAGGCUUCUCUAUGUCAAGAUGCCACACAAGAGUUGAGCGCACAGCGAAAGCAGCUGGAAUUGGACAUAAAGAACUACAGUGGAGACGAUCCACUGCAGCCCUGGUAUGCAUACAUCUGUUGGAUCGAACAGAGCUAUCCGGCGGGUGGCAGCAACUCCGGCCUGCAGAAAGUGAUGCACAAAUGUCUGGCACGCUUCGAGCAGGAUGAACGCUACAAACAGGAUCCGCGUCUCAUCAAGCUGUUUAUCAAAUUCAUGGGCAACCAGGGCGACAAGAUCGAGUGUUAUCAGGAGAUGUACAACAGCGGCAUCGGCACAAUGCUGGCCGAUUUCUAUAUUGCCUGGGCAUAUAGCUACGAUCUGGGCGGCAAUAUGCGCAAAGCCAAUGAAAUCUUUCGCUUGGGCAUCGAUUGUCGUGCCCAGCCGCUGGAGGAGCUGAAGGAGGCACAUCAGCAUUUCGGCUAUACGGUUGCCCAGCGCAUGAUGUACACGGAGGGGGAGGAGACGACAGCGGUUACCCAGGAACUCAAUGAUCGACGACUUGCUCUGCGCUCGCUGCAUGGCCAGAAGCGACAGAACACCAUCACAGUGGGCAGCAUACGAACGGGAGCAGCGGUCAAGAGUAAUCUGCCCGGUGUGGUGCAGAGCGAUGGACCGAGCACAAGUCGCGCGGGUCGCAAUGCAAACCGCCAGCUGGAGGUAUUUAAUGAUGAGAAUGCGGAUGUCAAUAUGCCACCACCGCCACCACCAAUUGCCGGGGAAACCGAAGCCUCCGGCGAUGUCAAGUCCAGUUUGCGUUCCAUUAUUGAUUCAGCACGGCAGCAGGAGAAUCUAAAGGAGCCAAUUGCCUGGAGCAAGCCGCACAAGCAUGGCAAAAUCUUUGCUGCAACUGCUGCACAUGAUCCGGCAUUUCCAAUUCAUGUGGAUGAGAAACAAUUGCCGCCAAUUACAGACUACGAGCGUCAUUUCGAUAAGCCGUUUAAAUAUCCGGCCAACUUUGUGGCCAAGAGUGUGCCGCAAAAGCCUUGGGUGACGCCGGUGACCAUUGAGGAUGAGCCGGACAAGAAUGCGCUGCCGUGCUACAACAAAUGCAUGACCUAUCCGCGUCCCAACAUGGAGUUCUCCCCGGAGGAGUGUCUGGCCUAUGGCUGGUUCAAACGUCGCCAGGAUCAGCAUCCCUUUGUGCUGCGCAACAACGAAUGGUGGAGCAAUGGAGCAGCUUAUGGCGUCCGUCGUUAUCCCAAUUUUGCCACUGUCGCCAAGCCACAGCCAAGUGAUGAGAUGGAUGGUUAUCGCAAGCUGCCAGAGGUGCAGUCACUGAAAACACUGAUGGCCAAGAUUUACAAUGAUGAGGAGCAGCUAGAGUAUCAGCUGGAGGAGAUACUGGCCGCCAAGUGGCGUGAGAAGCGCAACGAGAAGCAUGGCGAGAUGGACAUGGAGGAGACGGUCUUAAUGCCGGUGGAAAAGUUGCCGCGACGCAAGAGUUUCUUUCCAUCGAUGCAGCCGGGCACGAGUAGAAAGUCUGUCAUGCCCAAUAUGUCCAAUGUGAUGGAGGAGGACGAGGAGAAGGAGGAGGAGCAGGCUGCAGCCGAACCAAGUGCCAUUAAAAUAUGGGUUGAUCCUGCAACAGAGCCAACAACAUCAGCAGCGGCAGUCAGUUCAAUUCCAGCUCCAACUGCAACUGCAACAGGAACUGCACUCGGGAAAGCGCCUCCAGUUGAGGAUCGCUUUGUGGUGCCUGCACCACCAUUGACCAGAUUUGAGAUACACGAAGAUGAGGCAUUGCCAGUGCCAGCAUUUGGUAGAACAGCUCCCAGCGCCUUCUUUGAUGCGGAUGAAACGUGCUCCACGCAAACAUUCAAUAUAUUUAUUAAAUCACAGGCUGUGAGCACUCCCAAGGCGUUACAGAAACAGGCGCCAGUUCGUCAGUUUGGCACCUUGCUAAAGGACACGACAGCGGAGUCGCCAGCUCCAGCUCCGACUCCAACACUAGCGGAGACGGAGUCCAAUGAGGCGGAGAACUUGCCCAGUGCUCAGACAGUGUCACCAAUGCUGCGCAAACAGCUCUCCACGAUUCUGGAGACAUCGGAGCAUGGCACACAUGGCAGUUCGGGUGGCAACCAUGCCAACACUAAAUCCACACUCAUCUCGGCAACAACCUCGCCCGUGGAUGCGGAUACCCUGCAGGCUGGUGACUCAACAACACCGGCAACGACAAAGCAGGUGAUGCACACACCGGGACCAACAAGAUUGCAACGUCAAAUGGUCACAGAUUUAUCCGUGUUGGGUGAAGAACCGCCUGCUGGCAACUUUGAGCGAUUGCAGCUGUGGGAAGCAAAUGCGCCAAGUGUGCCGCUGAUGAAAUCGUUGCGUUUCCAGGAGGAUAAAACCGAAACGGUGACCAGGCCAUUGAUGACCUGCUAUCAGGAGGAUAGAACCGAAACAUUGCCCAAGAUGCCAUUGGCACUGCCGGAAAUCUCGUUGCAUCAGCGCACGCCAAAUGCAUCCAAGGUGCUCCAGGCACCGCUGCCGCCAGAUGAUGAUGAGGAGCUAAACAGUUUGUUUACCAAAACGCCAGCAAAGCCCAAGUCACUUGGUUCACCCAUGUUUGCGGGCACUACGAAGCGCUUGUGUAAUCAACAGACUCCGGAGAUGUUUAGCAAAUCAACAAAACAAACGAAUCAAUCUCUGGAUAUGUUCGAUGAUGUGAACUACGACGUGAAAGCGACCAAGUCGAGUAGCAAACCGGCGACCAGCAUGAGUAAACUAACCGAUUCCUUUAUGGCGGAUCUAUCGUUUGUGCCGGAGACACAGCCGCCAGCAGCUCCCAAGAAAUUCGAAAUAUUUCUGGAUGAGAGUAUGCCGGCAACGGCAGUGCCACCAAUGCUGGACUGCACGCUGCCGGAGACACAGCCACAGCUGACCAUUGGACCCGCCCAUUUGACGGCUUCCUUUAUGAAGGAUUGCACAGAGCUGAGCAGUUGUCCACUUCAAUUACCAGUGGCAACGCAGAGUCCAAAGUCAAAGUUUGAAAUCUUUCUGGAUGAUACAAUGCCACCACCUCUGCCUGCAACUGUAGUGGUAAGCGAUAAAGGCGCCGACAAGCUGGAGACAAUUGGACCAGCUCACUUGACCGCUUCCUUUAUGAAGGAUUGCACCAAGCUGGGCAAUCCCUCGCCAUCAAUGAAACUUACAUUUCUAAGCAAAUCACAGGACAAGGUAAAGGAUGCGAAUAGAGCAUCAACAGAGCCUUCCACAGGCAGCGAUUACUUUGAGUUGAAUGCAGCCACCGAAAUGUUUGCUAGCAACUUGAGCAUGAUCAAGAAUUCAACAUUGCUGCCGGAGGCAUCUAAGAGAAGCGAGUCACCCAAGGAAGUUAUGAAGUUAGAGCAACCACAAAUUGUUAUCCACAAGGCCGAGGAUGAUGAUAGAAGCAUUUACUACAAGACCACGCCAUUGACACCAAAAAUGUCGCAUAGUUCCUGGCAAGAAUCCUCUGUUUGUACCCCACCCAAGCAGAAUUAUGAGCAUCGCAAGGUCAGCAUUGAUGAUUCCAUGCUGAACCAAACACUGGCCCAAAAAGAUGUGAAUCCCUUUAAUGUGGACAUUAUCAACUCGUUGCUGGACUCCAUUGAGUUCUCCUUGUACAUUGAGAAGCAGCCCACUUGCCAGUUGCAAGGACACGUCAAACGCUUGCUACCGCAGUCAACGCUGGAGAUUCAAGGCGAGAAGUUUGAUGUACUUAAGAUAAUUGGAAAAGGUGCCUAUGGCUCUGUAUUUAGCGGCGUCCACAAAAAUUCGGGCAAAAAGGUGGCCCUGAAACAGGAGAAGCCCACCAACUACUGGGAGUAUUACAUAUGCCUGGAGGUGCAUUCUCGUCUGGCCAAUGAGGAAAUGAUUCCCGCCUUCAUGAGCAUCGACUAUGCUCUUGUGGGUAAUAACAGCAGUAUUUAUGUCUCGGAGCUCUCUGAAUACGGUUCCCUUAUCAACGUUUGCAAUAAGUUCAAGAAGCAUGUGAACAAAAAUAUGGAUGAAUAUGUUGUGAUGCAUCUGUGCUGUCAGUUGCUGGACAUUGUCGAUCAUUUGCAUGCCAUGGGCAUCAUUCAUGCCGACAUUAAAGCCGAUAACUUUUUGCUUAUGAAACCCUUGAGUCCACAAUCAAAGGUGAUCAGCUUGCAGUUGAUUGACUUUGGUGUGUCCAUCGACACCAAACUGUUUCCGCCUAAGCAAACAUUCGACUAUGUCUACACUGACGAUGCCUUCAAGUGCAUUGAGAUGCGCACUCAACGCCGCUGGACCUAUCAAUUGGACUUGUUUGGUCUUGCUGGAGUGAUGCAUGUGCUGCUCUUUGGUCGUUAUAUGGAGGUGGCACAGCGUCAGCCGGGAGGCAUUUGGAUGCCAAAGCAGGCAUUUCCACGUUAUUUCAAUCGCCAGACAUGGGAUGCCGUCUUCCGGGGACUACUCAAUGUGCGCGACUGUCAAAGCAUGCCCAAUUUACAGGACUUGAAAACGUUAUUCAAAUCGGACCUGGCCGAUAAAGAGAAAUAUGUGGAAGCGGCAAUUGCCAAGUUUAAUAUUGUAAUGCAAAGGCAACGUUAGCCAAUAUAUAUAUGUAAUGAGUUCCUUUUUUUUAUCGCUACCAUCACUGUAAUCAAAUUUUUGUAAAGGUUUUACGAAAUAUUUUAACACGUUAAUUGAAAUUGUUAUCAGUAAGAGAAUAAAAACAAUACAAACAUAAAAACUGUUAGUGCAUAAGAUUGAAUUUAUACACCCACUGUAAUGAUUUUUAUCAUCAAUUAAAUUUGCCCAAUUUGAAUAA